GAAGACCAAUAGAACAUUGGUUUGUCUUUGGGUGCAGUCACGUGACGUCGCCGCUGCAACCUGCUUCCGUACUGGCUUGCGGUCCGGUUCUGAGCGAAAGAAAGGAUGGCUGAGCCACCUCGGUCAUGCGACUGUUUUGUAGCACUGCCCCCUGGCUCCCAAGAUGACCACGUGAUAUUCGGCAAGAACUCGGACCGUCCCCGAGAAGAGGUCCAGGAGGUCGUUUACUACCCGGCCGCCUCCCACCCUCCCGGUGCUUCGGUGGAGUGCACAUACAUCUCAAUCCCUCAGGCGGAACACACCCACGCUGUAGUCCUAAGCCGACCGGCCUGGCUGUGGGGCGCGGAGAUGGGGGCUAACGAGCUCGGGGUGUGCAUCGGCAACGAGGCUGUGUGGACCAAAGAGCCGGUCGGAGACGGAGAGGCCCUCCUGGGCAUGGACCUGGUCCGGCUGGGCUUGGAGCGCGGGGAUAGUGCCCGGGCGGCGCUGGACGUGAUCACGGGGCUCCUGGAGCAGCACGGCCAGGGCGGGCCCUGCAGGGAGGAGUCCGAGCCCUUCAGCUACCACAACACCUUUCUCCUGGUGGACCGCUCCGAGGCUUGGGUGCUGGAGACCGCUGGCAGGCUCUGGGCAGCACAGCAGGUCACAGCCGGGGUGAAGAACAUCUCCAACCAGCUGACGAUAGACGCGGAGAUCUCGCUGGAGCACCCGGAGCUGCGGACCGUGGCCCAGGCCCAGGGCUGGUGGGGCGGGCAGGAGCCGUUCAGCUUCAGCGCCGCCUUCAGCCCCGACAACCCGCCCGCCCGCAUGGAGCUGGCCAAGCAGCGCUACCGCGGCGGCACCGAGCUCCUGCGCCAGCACGACGGCUCAGUCACGGCUGAGGUGAUGAUGACCAUCCUGAGGGACAAGCCCAGUGGCAUCUGCAUGGAUUCCGGAGGCUUCUGCACCACGGGCAGCAUGGUGUCCAUCCUGCCCCGUGACCCGGCCUUCCCCUGCGUCCAUUUCUUUACUGCCACCCCGGACCCCUCCAGGUCUGUGUUCAAGCCUUUCAUCUUCUCUGAGGCGAUGAUUCCAGUCACCAGGGUCAUCUCCCCUCAGUACGGUUCUGACGACCCAGUCAAGAAACAACCUCGCUUCCAAAGCCGGGUCGACCGACAGCACGAUCUCUACAAAGCUCACCAAGAAGCACAGCGCACCAUUGAGAAGAACCCGCAAGCCGGAGAGAGUCUCCAGGAGACCCUUCGCUACCUGGAGUCUCAGUGCCUGAUUGACAUAGGCGCCAUGCUCAAAGGAGAGAUUCCUGGGGAGGAGCUGGGAGACCUCUUCUUCGACUGUGUGGACACAGAGCUGAAGUUUUACCAGUGAGAGAGGAGAGCUCCAUGAAGACGAGGACAAGAGAGCUUGCUGGUCGGAUGAGCCCUGAGGUCCCGUGACCCCUGAGCGUGCUUUCCUGUCUCGUUCACUUUUCCUAUCUUAAUAGUCUCAUGAUGCCACGCAUUCAUCAAUGCUGACUGUCCGUAGUCAUUUCAAUGGGAGCACCUCGUCCGUCUGUAUGAUUACCAUGCAAGGGGUUAGGAGGGGUGGUGGUGGGGGGCGGGGGGGGGGGAUACCAGUACAUCAGUGCACUACAUUAGUGAGUAUGUGUUUGUCAUAGUCCGCCAGAGGUGUGAAUGUAGACAUGUGUGAUGCCAUUUGUAAAUGACGCUGCUUGUUGUUACCGCAAGUGAGAAGGAAGGCUCCGAUGUCCCUUUUGUGAGUCCUGUUGAUAUGAAUAAUAAAGUUUUAAGGUCUAACGACA